CCCUAUUCCCCAUUUGUGUUGGCGGGAACGCGCACGCAGCGAACCUGGGAAGUAGAGUCGUACGGGGGCGCCGCUGCGCUACUACGUCCGGUGAUGGCGGCCGUGUGUUGGAGCCCAUGAGGCGGGGGAACGGGGUAAUGAACCGCGGUGCGGGGAAACAGGGGACGUCCGAAGCCAUGGCGGGCGUGUUUGAUAUAGACCUGGACCAGCCCGAAGACGCUAUUUCGGACGACGAAUUGGAGGACGGGAGCAACAUAAAUGAAUUCAUGGACCAUGGUGGCAUGCCUUAUGAGAUUGGCAUGGAGCACUGUGAAAAGUUUGAGAUUUCCGAGACUAGUGUGAAUAAGGGACCGGAAAAGAUCAGGCCUGAGUGUUUUGAGCUUCUUCGCGUUCUUGGAAAAGGUGGUUAUGGAAAGGUAUUUCAAGUACGCAAAGUACUAGGAGCUCAUACUGGGAAAAUAUUUGCCAUGAAAGUACUCAAAAAGGCUAUGAUUGUGAGAAAUGCAAAAGACACAGCACAUACAAAAGCAGAACGUAAUAUCCUAGAAGAAGUGAAACACCCUUUUAUUGUGGACUUAAUUUAUGCCUUUCAAACUGGUGGAAAACUCUACCUCAUUCUGGAGUAUCUUAGCGGUGGAGAACUCUUCAUGCAGUUGGAGCGUGAAGGGAUAUUUAUGGAAGAUACUGCCUGCUUUUACUUAGCAGAGAUCUCAAUGGCUUUGGGACAUUUACAUCAGAAAGGAAUAAUUUAUCGUGAUCUGAAACCAGAGAACAUCAUGCUCAACCAUCAAGGACAUGUUAAACUGACAGAUUUUGGACUUUGUAAGGAAUCCAUUCAUGAUGGCACAGUAACACAUACAUUUUGUGGAACCAUAGAAUACAUGGCACCAGAGAUUCUAAUGAGGAGUGGACAUAAUCGUGCAGUGGACUGGUGGAGUUUGGGAGCCUUGAUGUACGAUAUGCUAACUGGAGCUCCGCCAUUUACUGGUGAAAACCGUAAAAAAACUAUUGACAAAAUUCUGAAAUGUAAGCUUAACUUGCCCCCCUACCUCACCCAAGAAGCCAGGGAUUUGCUUAAAAAGCUGCUAAAAAGAAAUGCCGCCUCACGUCUUGGAGCUGGUCUUGGUGAUGCCGGGGACGUUCAGGCGCAUCCAUUUUUCAGACAUAUUAAUUGGGAAGAUCUCUUGGCUCGGAAGGUGGAACCUCCCUUCAAGCCACUCUUGCAAUCUGAGGAGGAUGUGAGCCAGUUUGAUUCAAAGUUUACUCGUCAGACACCUGUAGACAGUCCAGAUGAUGCCACACUCAGUGAAAGUGCCAACCGAGUGUUUUUGGGUUUUACUUAUGUGGCUCCUUCUGUACUUGAAAGUGUAAAAGAGAAGUUUUCUUUUGAACCAAAAAUUCGGUCUCCUCGUCGAUUCAUUGGAAGCCCUAGGACACCUGUGAGCCCUGUCAAGUUUUGCCCUGGUGAUUUCUGGGGACGAGGAACAGCUGCUGGAGCCACCAAUGCGCAGACACCUGCGGAUUUCCGAAUGGAAACAAGUGGUGUGGAACAAAUGGAUGUGACCGUAAGCGGAGAAGCCUCAGCGCCAUUACCAAUUAGACAAUCUAAUGUCGGGCCAUAUAAGAAACAAACCUAUCCACUGAUCCCCAAACGACCGGAACAUCUACGCAUGAAUCUAUGACCAUGUACUGUCUCCUGACCCUUUGACUUGUACAGGUGGUGAAACCAAGAAACAUAAAACCCAACUGAAAGCAGAGCAAACAUAUAUAGGUUUUGGGUUCUUUUUCAAUUCCCUUUCAGUGGGAUAAUGAAAAGUACUCUUGGUUACUGCACAGAUUAGUUUGGCAAGACUAAGUCGCGAACAUUUACCGUAAUUAUUAUUUUUUUUUUUUUUAAGAUAUAAUUUAUAUAUAUAUAUAUGCUCCAAUAUAUAUAUUUCAAUCAGUGGUGCAUAAAAAGGAGAUUAAGAAACUGCAAUCAGAAAUGGAGGCAAUGUGUUACUAAGCUCCCAGCGUACAUGUCUGCUCAAGGAUUAUAUCCUACUUUACAUGUUUACAUAUUUUUUUUUUUAUCACCACCAUAAAAUGAGCUCAGUGGAUGGAGGAUAUGAUUCUGCAAAUACAGUAAGUCGUAUUUCAAGUAACAGAACUUGUCUUAAUGGCUGAAAUGUGUUUUGCACACAACAUUUGAAAAUGUUCUAAGAUUUUCUGGAAACAGAACAUUGACAUGCAUAAUAAUGAACUUCCCAAAUGUCAUGUUAGAGAGGGCUAGAUUUACCCAGAAACCAUUGGCAGUCUUCCAUUGGGUUUGGGGAAAGAUAUGCAUUGGGGUGACUUCUGCAUCAGUGUGUGAUUUACUUGCAUUCAGCAUAUAAGGAAAUGAGUAUUGAAGGCCUCAAUUGAAUCCAAGGCACAUGUGAACCUUGACACUGGAGUGUUACCUGCUACCAGUAAUGUAUUCCUUUGCUAUUUUUUCCUUUUUCUUUUCCUCCAUAUAUUCAGCUUUCUCUGCUGUUGUAAGAACUUUAAAUGCUGGGACUCUCCGAUUGUAAAAGUAUUAUGGCCUUUCUACUCAUGUCUUCCAAUAGAGGGGGGAAUACUGCCCCUGGACCUAGGGAAUGUUAUCACAAUGCUGGUCUUGGAAUCUGUAUGAAUGGUUUAGCUGUUUGGCUUCUAGGUACAAAGAAAUAAAGGUAAUUUUACCUUAACUGCCUUAACAAAGCAAUUUCGUGAACAUCUCUGAGAAGGUUGAUAAAUCAUCACCAUUUUUGUAUUGUACACCUAACAGCAUCACACAAGUGUUUUUCUUGUGCAUCUCCAUGUAGUCCUGUAAGAUUAUGUACAUUUAGACAGGAGUAUGGUUGUAUCGCCUGAACCAGCCACACACACAUUUCAACCUAUAGUUGAACCUAGGAAACAAGCCAUACAAAUGUUAUGUAUUGAUGUCACUGAUUGAUUAAAGAGAGCAUUCAUUUGGUGCAGUUGGCAUUGCAGCUAUUGCUAAUCUGUUUCCCGUAUGAUUCCCAUCCGACCGCACCCAUGACAAAUAACUGGCACUGUACCACAGCUUAUAUAUAUAUAUAUUUAAAAAAAGAAAGUCACUUGUUGGACACUAGAUAAUCAUCUGUAAAUGUUUUCAUUGUGAAUGCUCAGAAGCUUCUUCAGCGGUCUGUCCGUUAUAUGUGUACUCAUACCAGUGAUGGUAUAGAUAAAGGGAUUUUCCAGGACUUUAUUGAUGACCUACCCUUAGCAUAGGUCAUUCAUAUCUGACUCCCGACCUCUGCCAGUCAGCUGCCAUGUUCUGGAACCGCAAACCUCCAUAGACUGGGUAGUGGCCAUGAAUGCUGCUGCAGUGAAUAUUGCUCAGCAGCCUGUGGGGGUGCCAGGAGUCAGACCCUCACUGAUCUGAUACUGAUAACCCACCCUAAGGAGAGGUCAUCAAUAUUAGUCUCAGAAAAGCCAUUUAAACAGCUUGCAAGCACAAGGGGAUCCUACGUUACACCCAAAGAAAUGGGACACAAGUACGUCUCAUUGAGAGAGCUGCUUUGCCAUAUACAGCUGAAUUUAAAAGGGGCCUAAACUUUGGUGUAACCACGAUUGAGCAGCAGUGCUCUUCAUUGUCGAGUUUCAUCGGUGGUUCUUGGCUUUUCUGCCAUGCAGAGUACAGAUCCACAGAAAGCGUAUGAGAUCCGUACUCCGCAUGCUAGAAAAGUUGAGCAAAGCAGAUGAAACCCAAUAGCUUAGAGCAGUCUGAGGAACGUUGCUGCACUAUUUUGGUUUCACCAAAGGUUUAGGACCCCUUACAGCACUAAUUGAUUCAUUUGUGAGCUUUAUUUAGCACUCAUAGUUUUUACUAGCGUUCAGUGUGAUCUGUAAUGAUGAGAAAUGUAAAUCCGACUUGAUAGCUUAUAGUGUUAAGCGUGCAUUGUAAUUUAGGCCUCAAUCCCUAUAUUACUGUAUUAUACAAAUAAAGAAAAUUAGGUAUGCGCCUUACAUUUACACUGAUUGAGAAGACUGCUUUUAUGCCAAAUUUUAAAGGCUAUGAACACCUUAGAGGGCAUUUUAUAUUGUAUUUUACUCAUUUUGGGCUCAAAACCAUUUUUCAAUUGGUCUUUAUUAAA